AUGGCGCUGGACGGUUCCAGCAGUUAUGUCGCCCCCAACAACCUGAUGGGGUCCGCAGACGACUCCCUACCCAUCUUCGACGUCCAACGGGUGCAGCUCCAGUUCCAGAUCGCUGCGGACUUCGUGGCAGCUCAAGUCGCCAACAAUGUGCUAGUUUUGGCCCUUUCCACGGGCCGGAUCCUCCGUAUUGACCUGGAUACCCCUGAAGAUAUCGAUGACAUCGACCUGCCUAAGAAGUCUUCGGAGACUGGUCUUAUCCGGCGCAUGUUUCUCGACCCUACCGCAUCUCAUUUGAUUAUCACGACUACCCUCGGCGAGAACUACUACCUUCAUACCCAGUCGCGACAGCCCAAGAUCUUAUCCCGGUUAAAGGGUGUCUCCAUCGAAAGCAUUGCCUGGAAUCCUUCCCUGCCAACUGCCUCGACGCGUGAAAUCCUGCUGGGCACAACUGAUGGAAAUGUCUACGAGACCUACAUCGAGCCAUCUACGGAGUUCUAUCGGCGCGAAGAGAAAUAUGUCGCAGCAGUUUACAAAGUGCCGGAUGCCUCCCCGGUGAUCGGGAUAUGUGUUGAGCUUGCUUCGUUGAAACCAGAGCAAAGGCGAAUUCUGAUAGCGACACAUGGAAAGUUGACACACUACCUGGGACGUACGGGAUCAGUGAAACAUGGACGGGAAGGUGGCGGGCCUAUAUAUGCGGAUCUGUUCCAGCGCGAGACAGCAUUGAUCCACGAGGUUCAAAACGCAUCUGGCGCCGUGCCUUCUUCUUUAGUGCUUUCGUCGACAUCAGAAGGUCCCCAUGCAGAGGGGUUUACUGAGAAGGAAUUUGCUUGGCUUACCUCGCAGGGGAUCUUCCAUGGGCAACUUGCAUCUGAAUCCCCGUUUGACAAGGCCAAAAUGCUUCCCCGGUCCAAGUUCCCCGCCUCUCAAUCCGCGCGAGGUGGCAGGAAGAUGAUACAAGAUCCUAUCUCUGCAAUGACUUUGUCCCAGUGGCAUGUCUUAGCGCUUGUCGAAGGGCGAGUUGUUGCCGUCAAUCGCCUAAAUGCAGAGACUGUGUACGAUGAAGCAGUUCUGGAGCCCAGGCAGAGUGCGUUGGGUCUUCUGACCGAUUUGACACAUAAAACCUACUGGCUCUUUACCGGCCAGGAGAUCUUCGAAGUUGUAGCAAAUGAUGAAGACAGGGAUGUGUGGAAGGUUCUGUUAAAAGAGAAGAAAUUCGAUGAGGCGCUUCAAUUUGCUCGAACUCAGGCGCAGAAAGAUGCGAUCUUGACUGCAUCGGGUGAUUUCCUGGCCGGAGAAGGCAAGUUCCUCGAAGCCGCCAAAGUCUGGGGCAAGAGCAGCAAAGGAUUCGAGGAGGUCUGUCUGACGAUGGUGGACAACAAGGAAUACGAUGCCUUGCGGAAAUACCUGCUGUCUCAGCUGUCGACAUACAAGAAUACAUCUAUCAUGCAAAGAAUUAUGGUAGCGAGCUGGCUCGUGGAGCUCUUCAUGUCGAAGUUGAACUCCCUCGACGAUAACAUUGCCACCAAAGCAGAACUGACCGAGGGUGUGACGACCGGAGAGAUCGAGGAUCAACUCGGCAGUGUCCGAUCCGAGUUCCAAGAUUUUGUGAACAAUCACAAAUCAGACUUGGACAAGAAGACCGUGUACAGCAUCAUCAGUAGCCAUGGCCGAGAGGAAGAGCUACUUUUCUUCGCAACUGCUGCCAACGAUUACAACUACGUUCUCUCCUACUGGAUCCAAAGGGAGAAAUGGUCAGAAGCUCUCAAUGUUCUCCAACGCCAAAGUGAACCCGAUGUCUUCUACAAAUACAGCAGUGUGCUCAUGACACACGCCGCUACCGGUUUAAUCGAGAUCUUGAUGCGACAAACCAACCUCGAACCGGAGAGGCUCAUUCCCGCGCUGCUAAACUAUAACAAAACUACCAACGUCUCUCUCAGUCAGAACCAGGCUGUGCGCUACCUGAACUUCAUCAUAAUCAACCACCCCAGGCCAUCUGCAGCCGUUCACAACACCCUCAUCUCAAUCCACGCCUCCAGUCCGUCAUCCUCCGAAGGCGGCCUUCUCACAUACCUCCAAACGCAGCCGUCCUCGCCACCUCCCUACGAUGCAGACUUUGCUCUCCGCCUCUGUAUCCAAUACAAGCGAGUUCAGUCCUGCAUCCACAUCUACAGCGCCAUGGGUCAAUACCUGCAGGCAGUAGAAUUGGCUCUGGACCACGACGAUAUUGACCUCGCGGCCAUCGUCGCGGACCGUCCCGAGGGCAACGAUAAACUUCGCAAAAAGCUGUGGCUUCUUCCAGGUACUGGAAUCAAAGAUGCGAUUGAGUUCCUGGGUCGCUGCGAGCUCCUGCGCAUUGAAGAUCUGAUCCCCUUCUUCCCGGACUUUGUUGUCAUUGAUGACUUCAAAGACGAGAUCUGUACUGCAUUGGAAGAGUACUCGCACCACAUUGAUGAACUACGUCAAGAAAUGGAUAAUUCGGCACAGACUGCUCGACAAAUUCGCUCCGAAAUUGCCGGUUUGGACUCCCGUUAUGCCAUCGUGGAACCCGGCGAGAAGUGCUGGAUCUGCUCGCUGCCUCUUCUGAGUCGUCAAUUCUUUGUCUUCCCCUGCCAGCAUGCCUUUCACAGUGACUGCCUCGGAAAGGAGGUCCUAGAGGGCGCCGGCGGAAAGAAGAAGUACAUUCGGGAUUUGCAGGCGCAGCUAAGCAAGGGUGAUAUCUCUGCGUCGCGGAGAGAGGAGAUAGUAAAGGAAUUGGAUGGACUCGUUGCUGAAGCUUGCAUUCUGUGUGGUGACCAUGCUAUCAAGCAAAUCGACAAACCCUUUAUCACGGCCUCGGACUCAUUGGAUGAAUGGGCAUUAUGA